AUGGCGUCCUUCCAGGGCGUGGACCUCACGGACACGGCGGACCAGGUUGGCCAGCAGGUUUUGCCGCCGCCGCAGCCAGCUGAGCCAGCCCUCACGGACGAGCAGCGGGCCAGGAUCGCGGAGAACCGCGCCAGGGCCCGGAGGAUCCGAGAGAGCCGGGGGCGGCAGGAGAUCUGUGCCCCAGCGGCCGAGCAGACGGCUUUCGCUGACAGCAUCUCGGAUGCGAGGACGGGCAACGAGGAGGACGCCGAGGUCAUGGAGGUCGCAGACAGCGGGGACGAGUCCAUCGUCGCGGACCUUCAGGGCGCGGAGCAGGCCCAGGCGCAGCGGCCGGGGGGCUUCAAGAGGUCCGUGAUGUCCACAGAUUCGCUCACCGCGGACUUGGACGAGGCGUUCACCCAGAAGUCGCAGAAGAAGGCGUCCUUGCCCACGAAGUGCCACAGGUGGUUCACGAAUGGCGCCUCGACGUUGUCCGAGUUGAUCGAUUGGUUCCCCCAGGUGAUCAACAAGAUUAGCAUGAUGUCCAAGCUGCCGGGGCAGGACGUGGACUACAUUAACAACUUCAGGAUGAACAUGGAGGCGAAGCUUGUCAUCACGGAGUCCUAUGCUGGCGCAGGCAAUUGCGGCAGCGUCGCGGCCUACAUUUUCGGCAGGGCGUCCGACCACUUCAGCCAGAGCUUCUCGCAGAAUCUUUACGUGUACGCCGCAUGGGACAAGGGCGAGGUUCCCUUGAAGGUCUUGGCUGCCCAUUCGGGCCGCGGCGCCCCAGAGCGCAUCUUCGCGGACAUCAUGGAUCGGGUGCCACAGGAUAGCCGCGAGAUGCUCGAAGCUCUGGUUGCUGAGAGACUCUCUUCAUUCAAGAAGCUGAAGGACGACCUGAAGGGUACUCAGCAGCAUCCACCGGCGCUUUCUCAGAAGGAGUUCGAGGACAUCAAGACAUCGAUGGCUGGUGAGUUCGUGAAGGAGCUGAAUGAAAUAUUGAGCCAGAUCAGUUUCCUCGACUCGGCCUUUUGCGUGAAGCACAAUCGCAGGUGCAAGAUCUCGCCAAGAUCUGAUCCGCGCUUCAAGACGUGCAGGUGGUUGGAGUGCGCCGGGGUCACAUGCAAUCCAUGGUGCGCGAUUGGGAGUCAUAACAACUUCUUGGAUGAGUCCACGCUCCCGGCGCUGACCUGGGCGCACAGCACGCGAUUCUACGAGCCCGACGACGUCAUCAUGGAGAACGCCCCGAGUUUCAAGGUGGAGCCCUUCCAGGAGAUUUUGAAUGCAAGCGAGGUCGAUUCGCCGCCAGAUUGGGAACCGACGAUGGCCUCGCCCAAAGACCCGUUGAGCCGGCCGUUGCUUUGGCAUGAAGGUGAGGGGGCUCGAUUGUAUUGUCUGUUCCAGCACCGCUUCAGCCCAGUGGACCUCGGAUUCCCCACCAGCCGCAAGCGCGUCUACGCGUGGUUCCACAUGGCCGGCACGAUCCACACCCUGAGCGAGGACACCAUGAAUCACGUAUUCGAGGAGAUGUUCUUCAGGAAUUGCGUCACCGACGCCAGGGUGUUCAUGGCUGCCUCCUCCGAUGACGCCACUUUCAGAUCGCACGUCAUGGGGUGGGCUCAGAAGCGGCAGGCGUGGGGGAUCUUCGACCUCACCGAGGAGUCGCAGGCGGCCAUCGACGUGGGCGACUCGCACCCACGGGAGGCAGCUCCGCCGUCCUCCGCCGCGUCUAGCUCUGGGGCUGGCGGCGCUGGGGAGGGGCGCGUCCUCUUGCCGGUGAGCCAGUCCCACCUUGACCUCGGCCCGUUCGGCGACGCGGUGAUGAAGGUGAGGUUGCACCAGAAUUUAGAGCGCGCGGACUGCGAGCGCUGCUUGGAGGCGAAGGUUCCCAUCCAGAUCGUGAACUUAUUUCAGAAUGACCUUUUUUUCGGCGUAUCCAAGUAUGCGCCGUCGCUUCUCCAGAGGUCGAUGUUGUUCGACAUCAUCUCGAUGAAGGAGAUCCUGCCGAUCGAACACCUCCUCAUUCAAGGCUUCCCAGUGCCGCAGUAUGUCGCGAAUGACGCCGGCCAGUUUUUCCCGUUCAAGUCCAUCGUCAUGGCGGAGUACCCCCCCGUCAGUGAGGACGUCUUGCAGUGUGCGGAGCUGCGCUCCAUCUGCGGGGUCGGCUUCUCCUGGCCCGCCAUCGGCGCUGUCCUCAUGAUGGUCCUCGCCACUUCCCACUCGAUCCUGAGGACGUCGGCGACGGAUUCGGAGCCCGCGUCUCCAGCCUGA